UGUGUGUCGUGCUCGCUCAGCUUUCUCUCCUCUACCUUUCCCUUUCUUACCCGACCCUCGCGCGGCGUUUUUUGUGGGUGUUUUCAUCGCUACACGUCAUCACCUUUGCUCGGCCCCUUCGCACUUUGUGCACCCGCCCCACACAGUGACCACUCACGGACUCACUACACCUUUCACCUUGGUGGUAUCAGCUGGCGCAUAGCUGUGCAGUUGGCGCAGCUCAGCGCUGUGACACGCCUUCGCGGCGAUGUCGACCAGUCCACCCGCAAGUCAGCCGAUUUGGUCCUCCUUGAUUUGUGUGCCAACGCCGUGAACGCCGGCGAUGCACUCAUCCGCCCUUCUCUCUGAAGGGCUGAUGCACGGGGUCGUAGUUUAGCGAACGCAGUGCUGUCACGACGCGCGUCCUGCACCUUGUCGCAGCGGAGCCUUCCGCGCAGCAGCAGCAAAAAACCGACAAGGGAGUGGCCGGAGUGGUUGCGCCAGUGUGAGGUGAAAUUUGCAGCAGGAAACGCUCGUGGUGGUGUCACGUUGUGCGCAGUCGUUUCGGAGAGUUACAGAAACUACUGCCUGUGGAGCUUUCUUGCCAACGGCGUCGCUGGCUUCCUGCUUGAUGCCCAGCUCACUACACUGCCGCUGCGGACGACUGUCAUGCAGCUGCUCCUUGAUCUGAUACGCAAACGGCCUCGCCACUCUGUCGGGCAAGAGGCUGCCGCGCUGCGGCAGUUUGUUCGAGCGGCGGUCCUGACGUGCGUGGAGAAGUUGGGGCCGUUGACGGGUCCUCGCUCGAUAUCUUCGCUUUGAACUGCACCGUGUUGUUCGCCGUGGUCUCCCGGCUCGUCACGGAAGUCGAGUCCGUUGCCACCGUUCUCCGCUGCGGCUUUUUUUCUUGUUUAUCUCCAGACGAUGUCAGCCGCCGAGGGCGGUGGUGUGCGCGCAGAGCUGCGUGACUUUACGGAGCAACCGCAGAGGUCUCUCAUUAAACUGCAACUCUACCCUGAUGUGGUCGGUGCCGACAGCCUUUUCUCGUGUCUUAUUCACUUUAUGCUUCGCCCCGAUGAGCUGGAGCCGGGCGACGCUGCAAAUAUGGCGUGGGCGGUACUGGAAUCGUACUUUGAGCGUCAUUCUACUCGGCGUCCCCUCGUCAUCGUGACGGUGAACAGACUGCUGCGCGCGACUCCGGUCAUGGAUGGGUGUCUCACAGAAGCGGUGACACUCGCCCUGCGCUCCGUAAGCCGUGUGCACGAGACUAGCGAGGAUGCCGUCGUUGACGCAUUGCAUGGCACUAUCCAGGAAGAGCUGCUCACGGAAGUAUCGGAGCUGCUUCUUCACACCACCCACUGGCCGCAAGUCAUGGUGACCGAUGCACUUACUGACUGCUUCUAUCGUUCGAAGAAUCCGAUACUGUGUAUGCAGCUGGCAACCCUUUUGCAGCCACUGUAUAUAAGCAUGGUGGAAUCCAGGGACGACUGUGGGGUGUGCGUGGAGUACGCGUGCGUGUAUGCGGCGGGUAGCCUUGUCGACGAACUCUGCUCACGCGAGUGGUAGAGGCCAUUAUUGUCGCCGGAAUGGAUACAACUGAUCGUGUAGCAGUUGCCCAACGGGGGCGCACUUAGUAUCGUCAGCGCAGCCUCAACCCUGUGCACAUCGCUGUGUUUUGCGCCCGCUAGCAUGACGGAUCUCUCUUGCCAUAUCGCCCUUUGGGUGCAGGGGUUCAUUCAACUCUGCCACCACGCCACCAGUCGUAGUGUUGCGGCAUCUCUGAGGCUUACAUGGAAAGAUGUCCUCGGCCUCUCACUUGUGCCAUCCACUCUAGCAUACUCGCUGCACAUCCGCGAGCUCGUAAUCCGAUUGUGCAACGUAGGACUGCACUUCUGUCGCACAUCUUCCCAGUCGUGUCGCCCUGACCUCUGCUCUCUUGUCGACUUCCUCGCUGCCCACACGUGAAUGCUGCUACGCAGCGAUGCACGCGAGCUCGGGGAAAUGCAGGGUGCGGAACCACUUUCCUUUCUCGCCACUGCCUCACUGACGGAGGAGUACGCCCUGUAGUUGGCACGUGACAAGUGGAGCUGCUGGGCCUUAGCUACUUUUGCUGCUCUUCACUGCAUAAUAUGCGCCCGCGCGCAUUCGUCGUCUGGACUUGCUUCGGCGGCUGUUCGCGUGGAGGUCCUGCAAUAGGCUGUAGAGCAAUGCUACGUCUUGCAGACCGUUUCGUGCGUGUGCGGUCCCGUUGCGUGGGUACUCCUCAGUCAGCCGACGCAACGUGAUGAGGCGGCACCGCGAGUGCUGCACGCUCUCUUUCGUAACGGCGUAGACCUCCGUGAAGGCCGAAAAGGAGGCAAUUGCGGAGGUGUUGCGUGCCUCCUUUCCUUCUUUUCGCUGCGCUCACCACACACGCGUCGCUUCAAAGCGCCUGCUUAGGCGAUCCCACCGGUGCGGUGAGCCCAGCGGGGAAACCUGCUGGAUCUUCAGCGCUCGUUCGGCUGGUGGCUAAACCUUGCCCUCUUUAUGGACACAAUACAGUUUCUUCACUUCACCGCCGCAGCGUGUCGUUUGGUGGAUGCGGUGGUGGCCUUAGCUCCCGAAGUACGUAUCAGCCUCGGAGGCCGUAUGACGUGUUGUCAGUACAUCUUGCCAUCUGCGUACAUGAAGAAGCUCUCCUCAUGCCCCUCUCCUCGCUGGCCAUCUUCUGCCGCACCCUGGCCGUUUCCAUGGAUCAAUCUUGAUACUCGCCACAGCCAGGCAAGCAAGCAGAAGCUGUUCGAGAAGGAGCUGCACCCUUUUCUCUCAUCGCUCGACAGGACCGACAAACUCCUCUGCGGCCUGAGCUCCUCCCCCAGUAGCACCUGGGACUUCAUCAAGAAAUCUCCGAGUGACGUAACUGCUGCUGUUCUUGCGUACAUGGAACACCUGGGAUGCGCCGAUGUACUCGGCGAAGCACGACAGGAGGUACUCGCUGCAUGCGUCUAA